GAGACCGAGUUGGCAGUGCACUUCAGUGCUGUGUCCAGCUCUCUCUUCAGUGUCAAGGAGUAAAGAAUAAAGGAUGUCCGUGUCUACUAGAAAGUCCUCCAGGCUCUCUGGGUUUCUUGGCUGGCUUCCUUGUUUAAGGAACUCUCCUGCGGAUGAGGACAUACCCCAAGAAGAGACGCCGUGGGAGGGUUCCUGUGGCAUGCAGGUUCUAGAUGGCCUGGCAAAAUUCAAAAUUGGCAGGAGGAGGCAGGCACGGCAAAUAUAUUUAUGUACAAAUGUACUUCUAAUCUCCAACAGCAAGUUUAAGAGUAAAUUCAAAAUUGACCACUUUGUGCCCCUGCACACCAUGUGGGUAUCUGACUGCUUGGGGAAGUCUGGAAGAGCCAACAGCAGAGCCAGGAGAUCCCUGGUUUUGGGCUGGUCCAGCAUCAACUUCGUGGUCUCUUUUUUUUCAGUGCGUCGCAAGGAAGAAUGGUUUUACUUCCUUCACAGGUACAUCAUGCUUGCUAAAAGCAAGGCCCAACCUGAAAAUACUCUGCAGGACACCGUCUCAGAAGAUGUGGAGAACUGCGCCUGUGACCCUGAGAAAGAUGACCAGGUACCUAUGAAGCCUGUGAAAAAUGAGACCCCAGAUGCAAUGAAGGGUGUCUUUACUGAGGAUGAAGCUACCUGGACCACUUUCAGAUCCAUCAUCAGGAAUCCCAAGAAACAGGGCCUUUUGGUGGCCAUGAACCAGGAAAUCAGCAUCAAGGCCAAAAUGGAAAACAUCUGGCAAUGUGCCAUAUAUAACCAUCUAUGCAAGGCCCCCAGGGCGCUCCUAGAACCUACUCUGCUAUUCCUCUCUGCCCCUCAAUGUACCCUCAAAUCUGAGAGAGGCUCAGGAGACAAGGUCACCCACAAGGUGCCACUCCACAAUAACUAUGCUCUGGGUCACCCCAUCUUCCCAGUGCACCUAGCAGUAGAGGACAUGAUGGACUAUGUCAAUCUGGUCCUACAAAAGAAGAAAGUUAUCACCAUAAAAUUUUCUCCCACUGUGGCCUAACUGUCCACCUUCAAAUGCCUGGGUAUCACCAAGUAAGAUAUGCCAGAGUGAGACCUUUCUCUCCUGGACCCCGCUUCUUUCUUUAGGUUAUCACUUUUGGCAUGAUUGAUUUCACACAAAAAUAUUCUCUUCUUUAAGUAAAUAUACUAUUUUAUUCCUACUAUAUUUCUAUUUUAUUAUAAUUAUACAAUAAAUAUCAUUCUAUAACUUU